AGUUUUGCGUCAGAGCGCGAUGGCGGCGCCGGGGGUGUCGAAGGCCGAGUACCUGCGGCGGUACCUGAGCGGCCCCGCCGAGCCCGCCCAGCCCCGCCGCCGCCGCAAGAAGAAGCCCCCGGGCGGCACCGGCAGAGCCGGCAUGCGGAUCGUGGAUGACGAUGUGAGCUGGAACAGCAUCGCCGCCGCCCCGGAGAAGGAGGAGGAGGAGGACGAAGGGGACAUGCCUGUGGUGGCAGAGUUCAUUGAUGAGCGCCCCGAUGAGGUGAAGCUCAUGGAGGAAUUCCGAACAAACUCCAAAUGGAAGCUUCUAGGAGAUGAGGACUCGCAGAGUUCGGAUGUGUCGGGACCUGCCAAGUCUGGCUCCAGGCGGCGGCGCCACGACUCCCCAGAGCCCUCGCCCCCAGCAGGGAAACACAACGGCUCCUUGGAGCGUCAUGACACCCCUGACCUGUCACCUCCCCGGCGGCAGUGUCAGGAUUUGUCUCCUCGGAGAGAGAAGCCGGGGUCCCCGAGUGGGAAAAGGAGCCGAACGAAAGGACGGGCCUCGCCUGCCCAGAAGGACCAGCACAGGUCAUGGAGUCCCCCAGAGCACUCCCCACACCGCCAGGAUGCCAAGGGCUCUCCCAAGAAGGCUGACACGAUGGCAUACGGGGUCAGAGCUGGCCUGGUGUCGGCUGAUGUGCUGCAGAGGGAGAAGCAGGAGCUCCGGAAGCACGAGAGGAGCACCAAGCACCUGGAAGAGGAAUCCCGGAACGCUCAGACCGUGUACCGAGACAAGUCCGGCCGCAAGAGGAACCUGGCCCAGGAGCAGCUGGAGCAGAGGCUGAAGGCUGAGGCAGAGUCCAAGAGAGAAGAGCAAUAUGCCAAGUGGGGAAAAGGGCUGGCACAGGAGAGGCAGCAGCAGCAGAAUGUGGAGGAUGCAGUCAGGGAGAUGCAGAAGCCCUUGGCCCGUUACAUCGAUGACCAGGACCUGGAUCGAAUGCUGAGGGAACAGGAGAGGGAAGGAGACCCCAUGGCUGCUCUCAUCAAGAAAAGGAAGGCCAAGGAGAACAAGGAGAAAGAAAAACCCAGGUACAAGGGACCAGCACCUCCACUCAACAGGUUUAACAUCUGGCCUGGGCAUCGCUGGGACGGUGUGGACAGGUCCAACGGGUUCGAGCAGCAGCGCUUUGCCCGCAUUGCCAACAAGAAGGCGGUGCAGGAGCUCGCCUACAAAUGGAGCGUCGAGGACAUGUAGGGAGAGCUCCUGCAGGGACCCACAGGCACCACCCACAGAGCCCUGAGGAAUGGCCUGCUCUCCCUGGAACAAGCCCUGUCCUCGGCAUUCAGCAGCCCACUGGACCUCCCUGUCAGCCAGAGCCUCCAGCUCUCUGGGGAGGACACCUCUUCUUGUUUGUUUUCUAACAAACUUCUGUUCUAUGCCAAAUGCUUUGACCUCUGAGGGUGGUUCCCAAGUCUUCAGGUGUCCUAAAUCUCAGGUGAAAAUCUGCUGAACACUUGGGCUUGGGAGGGUUCCCCUCGUGCAGUGGGUCAGACUGCUCCAGAACUCAGGUUAAGUUGAACUUCUGAACUUUUGUUAAGUUCAUGCAGUUAUUUUGCCAUGCAGAUCGUGCAGGAAGUUCACCAACGUGCAGGAAAGUUCAAACUCAGCUUCUCCUGACCCUGUCCAAACAGGAAACAGAGCAGGGAAUGCUCUGGCACUGGAAGAAAAAAUGACCUGCAGUGCUGCAUUGGGCAGCAAGAUCUUCAGGAGCCUCAGCAAUUCUUCAGGGGUCCAUUUCUAGUGGAAGUAAAUGUGUAGGGAAUCAGGACUUGAGACCUGUAAUUGCUUCCCCCCUGGUUUGGAGCAGCUGGUCCCCCCAGACCCCUCUGGAUUUGGGGCUGAUCUCAGCACUUCCCCCACGCUGCUGCCUGGGGCUCGCUCGGGGGGGACGUGUGGCAGCCCUUCUGUGAUCAGAUUUGUCAGUCUCAGAGCUGGAGGCCAGGCAGAGCUUCCCUUGAUCCCUGUGUGCCAGAAAGCACUUGUGGAAAUAAGUACAGUUGUUGUUGUUGAGGUCCCAGGGAGCAGGGAUGAAAUGCAGGCAGCAGUUUCCAUGGAGAUCUGCCUUGGCUGCAGCAGUGGGCAGGGGCAGGAUCGCUCUUUCCAGGGAUUCUCCAGCGCUGGGAGGGCUGUGGGUGGGAGGGGUAGGAGUAAAGUCUGCUCUGGAGUGCCAGACUCUUGGGACUUCCCUGGUUUUCAUCCCUUUGUAACAUUCCCAGCAGCCCUGGAAUUUGUGUGUUCACCUGUAAAUAAAACCUUUCCUUUUUUACUCGA